GGAACAAAUUCUCCCUCAACUGCAGCGUUCGAAUGUAUGUACACCCUUCUAGACACAUCUCUCGAUCGUCUCGACAUCUUCGAGUUCUUGAGUCACGUAGAGGACGGACUUAAGGAUCACUAUGAUAUCAAGAUGCUGACGUUUCUGAUGUUAGUGAGACUGUCCUCGUUGUGUCCCAAUGCUAUAUUACAGCGUGUGGAUAUUCUUGUGGAACCGUUACGUGCGACAUUACAAACAAAGGUGAAGGCUAACUCCGUUAAGCAAGAAUUCGAAAAACAAGACGAGUUGAAGAGAUCAGCAUUAAGAGCUGUGGCUGCCCUGUUGUCGAUUCCAGACAGUGAUAAAAGUCCCUUGCUCAGUGAAUUCCUGGCGCAGAUCAAAUCAAGUUCCGAGCUGUCCUCCAUGUUUGAUUCUAUUCAGAGAGAUGCUGGCUCGGCAGAAAGCAUGGACACUAGUUAAAGCGUGUUACCCUGCCUAUCGAUUCAAAAAAUGACGAUACAAAAAAAUUAUAACCAGGAUACCUUCUGCAGGGAGGUACAAGACCGUAGCAAGGAGAGCGUUGUUUUCAAAAAAGUCGUAGCUGUACUUGCACAAAAGAAAACAUUAUUUUAAAACAAAACUGUUGUAAUUUGCCUGAAUUGUUUAAAACUCGACGGAUUUGCAAUAAGAAAACCCUUUUCUCUCUACCUUUAUUUAACAAGUUCAAAUGAACAAGAAGUGAGAAUAAAGGAUUUGAUUUGUUGGUAAGAAA